AUGUUAGAUCAAAACAAAACGGCAGGAUUGCUACUCUUUUUCUUAGGAAUAGCAUCAGGGUUUAUUGGAGUGUUUUUAUUUUUUGAUAAAUUUUUCUUGUGUAUGUCUAAUGUUUUCUUUUUACUGGGGUUGUAUUUUCUAGUUGGGACAACAAAAAUCGUGCGCUUCUUUAUGAACCGGAAAAAAAUUGGAGGAACUGCAAGCUUCCUCUUUGGCUUCUGCCUUAUCAUUUUGAGUAGGACAUUUAUUGGCUUCCUAUUUCAAGGCUAUGGCAUAUACAAGUUAUUUUUUUCCUUCCUGCCCAACAUUGUUAAUUUUGUGAAAUACUCCCCCCUCAGUUUUCUUUUGGAGAUUCCGGGAAUAAAGCAGCUGGCUGACUACAUCAUGAAUAAUAAGCGCCUGCCGAUUUGA